AUGCCUUUCAAGUGCUCAAAAUGUGGAAAUAGAUUCAGAUUCAAAGAGCAGCUUGUCCUUCACGCAGGGAGUCACACGGGGGAGAAACCCUACAAAUGCCCAGACUGUGGGAGGAGUUUUAAUUGUAGAAAAUAUUUUCACAGACACAAGAAAACUCAUGUGGGAGGGAAAUUACAUCCAUGUUCAGAUUGUGGAAAAAAAUUCCGAAAUAAUUCAUACCUGCAACAACACCGAAGGAUCCAUACUGGCGAGAGACCUUAUCACUGUUCAUUCUGCAAUAAAAAUUUUACCUUCAGUUCAGUUCUUGCAAUGCAUAAGAAAAUCCACACUGGAUAUAAACCUUAUCAAUGUCCAGAUUGUGGCAAAGGUUUUAGGAAAAAAUUCUUCCUUGAUAAACAUAUGAAACGGCAUAAACAUUAA